UAAAUACUUCUCGUGUAUUGGCAACACAUUUAUUAGAGCAAACAUUGAUAAAGUUUACAAAUAUUGCACUAAAGUUGCAGCUUAAAUCACCCUUUCUACCGCAGACGAAAUACUUGUGAAUUCUUCCUUCCACAAAAAAUGUAUUUAGGUCGCGCUAAUCUCAAAAUUUGAUUGGCUGCGAGAGGGUGCCUACCCUAAUCGAAUCUCGCGUCCGAUGAAUAAAAAAGGGGUGCCAACUUGUGCAUUUGACGUGUCGUUGGUACUCGACCGCUUCACAAUUUUUCAAUAAUUAAAUAAUUCCCGUUUAAUGAUGCGGAGUGUAGCAGUUUGGCCCCGUUCGCCCCCAUCCCGAUCGUCAUGACUCCCGUCCCCGCACACCCUUGAAGCGUCGAAAGUGGGGUAGUGGUAGCGCGUCGGGCCGCAUUUAGUAAACAUGGCGCGGUGUUUGCGGCUUGUUUGGGGUGACCGCCUUGGAUGGUAAACGCCGUUCGCGCAGGUCAGUAGUGCGUUUUCGGGUGGAGAAGCUGGCGAGUCAUGUGUCCGCAUUGAGGAGUUCGCAGGGCCGCGCGGUAUGGAUUGGUGUGGGGCGAAGCCUCGCGUCUAGUGGCGGAGUGACAUGCAGUCUGAGCCGGGCCGAUACAUCAAUUCAGUAUCCGAUCUGCUUUACAGCACCGACGAAAUUGAAUUUCUGCUCGACGACAUUAGAGACCUGGAGCCGACAAGUUGCAAGCCUGAAGAUAUUCAGAGCACCGCUGAUUUCUACGUGAAUGUGAUUGGUUUGCAGGAGCCGGAUGGUAUGAGUUGUGUGUUGCAGGACUUUGAGAUAGCGGGCAGCAGGACGGGGGCCCUGAGCGCGGAUUGUGCUGGAGGUUGCGAGUGCGAAUCACCUCUGGGCACCGUUAACUCAUGGGACUCGCACUCUCACUACCGCCGACGGGUCGCCUCGCCCGAUCUGUCCCUAUACUCUGGGGUUAUCGUCUACUGCGACCACACUCAUCUCAAGACGCCCACAGGAAUAGUCCGAAUACUUCUGCUGGUGACCACAAUCGCCUGUCUCACAUGCCUCUGUACGUCAGGAACAGUAAAAGUAGGCCUAUUUAUGCUUCCGCUGGUCGGACGAUUACGGCUGAUGAUGUUCGUAACGUUACUGAGUAUUUUCAUCACCUGUCUUCUCCUCUUUCUUGAUAUUUCUCAUGUCGUUUAUUUGUUCCCAUUUAACUGGGGCAAAGUGAACGCUUAUUUGUACGUCAGCCUUAGUGUUCUGUUCCUCGUAGCGUCGUCGUUAAUUUUCCACACGAUUUUCUUAUCAGAGGCCUUUUACUGGGUCCCGAGGUGGACGCACCAUCAGCUACUGAUCACGGGGUGUCUGGGGUACCUGUGUUGCUUCCAGUCAGCAAUUUUGUCGCUGAUUCAGAAGUGUAGCAUGGGGCACUACCAGCCGGUGGCCGAAGACCCCAGCCUGAACCUGCAGGAGCGCCAGACCUCGCUGCAAGACUCGCCCGAGCAUAAGGCGAACCAAACAACGCACAAUUACAAGCCUAUAGCCAGCUACCCCGUGGCGUCGACGUCGCGUCAAGACGCCUCGAACUACCUCGACGACGUCCAGCCGUGUUCGUCGAAAAGUUCCGACCCGUACAGGGUGGCAUGAUAUUUAACUUAAAACUCUUCUAAAUGCCUUCUGUGUUUAUCGUGCAGUGAAUGUGCAGAUUCGACAAGUGUGGAUAGAUAGUCAAACACCAGUUAAGAAAUAUAUCAUUGUUUCGAUUUGUUUUGAAUUUUUACACGGCAUGUAUAAAAAUGUAUAGACAAAUAAAUAUAUUCCAAAUUAUUGCAAUAUUUGCAAAGUUAGUAUACGGAUCCUGCAGCAAGUUCACUCGUUCAGAAUAGGCAAGAAAAGAAGUUUAUUGUAAAUAGUUUUUUAGCGUUUUUCAAAUUUAGUGUUUAUAUUCUGUACAGUAUUAACUUCACGAGUUUCAUUUUAGACUAGACAGAACUUUUUCAUAAUAUAAGAAACAAAGUGU